CCAUCCUGGGCGCUGUGUGCUAUCCUGGCCGUGCUGCUGUACGUGCCUCAGGCCACCCUUAUGCUGCUGUGGGCCACUGUGGGCAUUACUGAAGGCCAGCAUGGGCAUGGUUGCAGCCAUCCCAGCUGUCAAGAUCAGUGUCGUUGCUGGGAACUCUGUUGUGUAGGACUGUACCAUGUAAAAGAAGAAGACGUUUGUUUGACAAAGGUAAAUGAGUGGGCUGGGAAUGCAAAUUCCACUCUGCUUAGGAGAGUGCGUGUAAUAAGGAAAUGUGCAAUAACCCAUUGAAAGAAACAAGUUUGUACAGUGCCUGCCCUGAAAAUGAAGAACGGAGUAGAACAGCGCUUCCCACUCACUGGCUUGGGACAAAGUUACCUGAUAACAAAAUUUACUUUCUAGCCCUGAAAAUGAAGAUUGGAUCAGUUUGUUCCAGUACAUCCUCCUUUGGGACCUGAGUUUCUGGCAGUUCCUCAUCUUUAGUACCUGAGAAGAGUAGGUCUGGUGAUCUCAGCACAGCUUCUCCUACAGAAACUGACAAGUGCUAACAAUGGCUGACAGCCUGAAGGCUGCAGUGCUUGCUUUAUGGACCCUUUUCUUUUCAUGUGCAACAUAUCACAUUAUGGCAACAGGGCGUAUACAGAGGUUUGAGUGCUUCACUGACUAUGCCAGGGAGCUGUCUUGUCACUGGGAAGCGGCUGCACAAACAAACUGCUCCAAGGAAUUCCGGCUCUAUUACAAGAAGGAAAUUUUAUCGACAGUAUAUAACACAUGCAUCCCUGAGACUGGAAAAGGCAGCAGCAUGAAUUCAGUUUCCAACUGCAUUUGCAUAAUUCUGCCCGAAUAUUUCACGGCAGGCCUCGCAUAUCAUUUAGCACUGCAGGCCAAUGGGACAGUGCUAUGGAAUGACACUGUGGAAGUGGCAUACAUUGUUAAACCAAGACCCCCAACAAAUCUUACCAUUGAGAAGGGUGAAAAUGGUAACUUCUACGUCUUGAGGUGGAUCGAGAGCUACAGCGCAGCGGACAUGCUCUAUGGAGAGCAAGUAAUUUACGAAGUCAAAUACUGGAACAAGCAGAAUCCAGAAGAGGAGUUUGUAGAACAGCUUCCCUACCAAACGACACACUUCGAAAUUCGUGCAACGCAGUUGAAGCAAGGGUAUGACUACCUUGUAAGGGUACGGCGUAAUUAUACAGGCAGCUAUUCCACCAACUGGAGUGACUGGAGCAAUGCAGUUGAAUUUCACAGUGAUUAUGGAGUAACUUUAGAAGAUAGUCUGCAGAGGAUUGUUCUCAUAUCCUGCAUGUUGAUCACGGCUCUGAUUUUAAUCUGUUACUUCUGCUUUGCCAUAGUUAAGAGAGAAUGGUGGGAUCAAAUCCCAAAUCCAGCCAAGAGCCAUCUUGUUGUUAAGAAUGUCAAGGGAGCUCAGAUUUCAGUCUGGAGGAAAAUGCUGUCCACUGAUGAAAUUAAGGCACCUUUCUAUGAUGUGAAACAGACUCACAUGGAACACCAACUAAGCUGUAAGAACUGUCUUGCAAAAUAUGCCCAAGGCCAAACCUUGAAGGGGAAAGACAACGUCAAAAGUGGUGAGAAACCUGGCAGUUGCCUGAAUAAAUGUGGAGAGUGGUUCCCAGAAGAGUAUGAAGCUGUUCUAAUUCCAGAGAUCACUUUGAUUGAAGAUUCUCUUGAAAUCUGUGAGUUUUCAAGAAACACUGAAACUGAGAACCAUGAGGACAACCUGGGUGAGAUCCUCUUGUGCCCACCUUGUGAGAGCAGUGCUAAUAGCUUUAUAGAACACACUCAACACAAUGAUGCACUUGCAGACAUGUUUAUUAAGCUACUAGAAUGUGGAACCAGUAUCCAUGACACUGAAAUUCCAGACUUCAUCAUAGAAGAGCAAAAAACCUUUGAGAAUUGUGAAUCAGAAAAUUCAUCACAGCAAACACCAAAAGAAAAUGUAGUCCAGGAUCAACAAUCAGGUGAUACUUCACACGCUUGCUCCUUUUCCACUACAGCCUCUCAGGAUGACUACAACUGUAGAGCAGCUAGCACAAAGUCAGUGCAAUCAGAAGAAUCUUUUGAAUCUGGUUAUCAAAGUUCUAACAUAGACACUGCUUCUCCCGAGGCAAAGAAUCCUCCAGACAUGUUGCAUCAAAGACACUUUCUUUGCAGUUCUGAGACUCAGCAUGACUUGUUGGUCUUGAUUAAAAAAUCACCAAAUGCUCCUUCCUCUGAGAUAAUCAAAGACGGAAUAAAUACUCCAGCAUAUCAGAGCUUCGACAGCCUCAUGUCUCAGUCCACAGAGCCUUGUAGCACAGCAUAUAAGAGCUUUGACAGCCUGAUGUCUCAGUCCACAGAGCCUUGUAGCACAGCAUAUAAGAGCUUUGACAGCCUGCUGUCUCAGUCCACGGAGUCUUGUAGCACAGCAUAUAAGAGCUUUGCCAGCCUGCUGUCUCAGUCCACGGUUAGCAAUAGCUUGACACAGUGUUUGGAAAACCCAAGCUCUUCACUCUCCUUAGCAGAGUUUCCAGAGAAUCAAAUACUUCCCUACAGAGAAGAACAAGCCCAUCAACCCCUUGGUGAUCAAAGCUGUUACACCAACCACAAGGGUGACUGCACUGAGACUGCUUUUCAAACCAUCUGUUCAGAAGACAUAGACUUUCCAUGGUUUUUCUCCCAUGCUCAUGACAAAGUUUCAUUUUUCCUGCCAGAGAAAGAAAUACACAAGCAAAUAACAUGUCAACAUGUUCCAGAAAAAGCAGCUGCAAUUUCCUGCCCCUCUGUUUCUAACCCAUCUAGUUACCAGCCUUUUGGUAUUGCUCUCAAAGACAAUAAUACGCACUGUGACAAUAACAGUGAGGCUAUUUCUGAGUCGCCUUAUAAACCCUUUAUCAACCUUUUAAACAACAACCUCAAAGAAACACUUCCAGCUAUCACUGUCUGUGAAUCUGACCUGGAGAUAAACUUGUCAGACUUUCUGUAGCAUUGACUCAGAUGUUACCACAGGCUUUGCCUUUGGUCUGAGUUCAGGAGCAGCUCUCACACAAAACAGCAGUGGCAGCCCUUGGAUUAUCAGCUUUAAUGAACCAUAUAGUGAUGGUGAAGAUGAAGAUACUGUGGGCGUGAAAAAGUUGCUGUGGUCUUUAGAUUCUAGCUCUCGGGAAGACUGGGAGGACCAUGCAGGAGACAAAAAAUUAUACUUCUGACUGUACAGAUGAAAGGAUACAAGAGAGUAGCAAUAACAUGCCAUGUCCUCUUCUGCUGUGUCAUACACGUGACCAUUUGAGGACAUCUGUCAAUGCGGAAGAAAGUGAAGCGCAGUUACAGAAUGUUGUGAGCAUGGGAAGUGGCCGUGCAGUUAAUUUAUCAGAAGAGUCACUGAACCACAACACUAUUGUAUCUAAACCAUCCGUAGAAAGAAAUCAAACUUCAGAGCCCCUGAACUCAACCGAGUUGCCACUGGGUGGCCCAUUUGUGGACAGCCCCUGUUUAGGACCCUGUCCUUUUGAUUGUUGCUCAGUUCCAGGUGAGGGAUCAAAAAGUCACUUUUCAUAAAAACAGGCCAAAUGAACCUAAUGAGUGAGAGCACCAGGAUGAACCAGUAAACAGUGAAACUUACCUUCAUGGACAGGAGCUUGUGUAACUGCUAUAUGAACAUGACCUAGAUGAAUUUCAUGGGGUUGCAAUCAAGAUAACCUUUGGGAAUAAACAGUGUGGAAAAUGGAAAUGUUGCUUGUUUUCCCACGCUCCCUCCAGAAGAGCAGGCUGUCACUAUGCAGAUACUGGGUGGGCUCUGGAACAGAUCAGAAUAGAUUUGCUGGGAUGUCAUGGUCACACUUGCUACAGAGCUGGCGAUUGGUAAAUGGCUUGAUCUCUUGGGGCUGUUGGUACUUGAGGAUCCCAGCAGUGGCUCUCCCAGUGUAAAGAUAGUGACAAGCUACAGACUGAGUUAGAGUCUGUGAUGGGGCCUGAUUCCACCCCCACAACUAGUAGCAGCUGCAUGGGGCAUGAACUCAUGUUCAUUUUGGCUUCCCCAGUGUUGGUCUGGCCCGAAUACGCUUGCAUGGGAAAGAUGUUGAGCCUGCAGCUCAGAUUCAGAGGUGCUAUAUAAGCUGGUUCACAUCCCAAGGAACUGAAAGAAGGUGCAAGUUAAAGCAGGAGUUUGCUGACUUUCAAGGACACCUUUGUACAGCCUCUCAUUAGCUACUUUCAGGAGAGUGCAGGGAUUGUAACUGUGGCUGGCCCCGGCGUGGGUGAUGUGAGAAGGAAAGCUGUAGCUCCCUCAUGGCCAGAGGUUGCUUUGCAUCACCCUGCCUAAUUUCCCUUUGUGGACUCCCCAAAAACUCCAGAUCAGAGCCCAAAAGUAAUUAGAACACUCCCCUGUUUGGGUCCAGUUUAUUUAGUCCUGACACACACUGGCCUUCCAGACCCUAACCCCAGUUCAGAAUCUCUCUCCCAAACCCUCCUUCCUGGGGCUGAGUCACUGUUCAAUGUCUCUCUGUAGGCCUCCAAGCUCCCCUGGUGUCUCAGGGUCUUCCCUGCUUUAGUAAGUUACUCCCUGGGGCAACUCCUCUGGUCUCAGGGUCUUCCUUGCAGGAACCUUUCUCACUCUGCAGUUGGUUUCCUGCAGACACGCGCCGUUCUUGCCUUGCAGCUUUCUGCUGCUCUCACAGGGGACUCGUCUGAUCCUGCUCAGGUGUGACUAGUUAGUUACUAGCUUGGUUGGUCCCAAACCUUUAGCCCUUAAAUGGGCAAGCCACCCUUUUACAGAAGGCUCCUGAGUCUGCCCCCCUCUUGGCUGCAAGGCCAGCACUGCCUAGCCCUCAGUAACUGUAUUCAUGAGGGUCAGUUAGCUUAAUGUGACUGCAAUAACUCUGUGGAAGUCAGUGGUGUUAUUCCACACUGGUAUCAAUGUAACUGAGAUCAGAUGUUUUUAAACUGUGUAUGCCGAAAAAGCCUGACUAGUGUAGGAUCAAACUCCCUAAGCUGUGUGUGCAUUCCACCAGGUUUCUGUAUGUGUCCGGGGUAGAGACUGGAAACAACUCCCACAGCUGAAUUCAGCUGGGAUCACAUGUGCCCUUUGUGAUAAUACAACCAAAGGUUUUUCCUCUGAUUCUGAACACUUGAGUAUAGAAGUAUAUACUGUGGCAUUAUAAAUUCCACAGUAAGGUGGUGAGUCCAGAUAGUUAAAUGGCCACUGCAAAUUCUUUACAUUUCAAGCCAGCUCAUAUUAUUCAGAAAUCCCUUUUCCCAUUUCUAGCCAUAAACAGAGAGGCGUAGGCCAGUUCAGAGAAUGUAUCUGUGGCCACCGUUCAGCUACUGCGUUGGCAUCUUCUAUAAGGGACGCUUUUCACGGCAGCAGAACUAGCCACAAAACUCAGAUGGGCAGGCAGGUAAGGGGUUUUGUGCCCCGUGUAGACCUUUGUGGCCAUGCAAAGGGAGUGCGUAACCUCAGGAGGGCACUAGUGCAAGGUGCACGUGUUCAAGGUGGGUGUUUGCAUUUGUUUGGACACUGGUGCUUACGCCACUAUAAUGAGGAUGUUGAUAAACGAAAACACGUUAUUCAUGGUUAACAUGGUGAUGAACACAUUAAAGACUUAUACAAGAA